GAGAUGGCCACGCAGAGUGUCAAACCAGGCCAGCGGUUCACCUUGCCAGACUGGCACACCAACUCCCGUCUCAUCUCGGCUGAUGCUGAACGCCAGCGUUCUGCUUCCCACCAAGUCCGGCAGGAAGCCCAAACUCUCCGCAACGAAACCAACAACCAGACGAAAUGGGAUGAGCAUGACAACCAAACCCGCCUGACUGAACGCAUCAGCAGCCUGAACAGAUGGAAAGAGACCCUGGACAAAUGCCUUGCAGACAUAGAUGAGGAAAUUGAUGCCUUAGCCAAAGUGAAGGAAGCAGCAGAACGUGCCCUCCAGGCAAAGAACUUGUCUUUGGACAUUUCCAUUGAGUGCCUGACGCUCCGUGAGGGCCGCCGCGCCAUCGAUGUAGUGAGGGAUGCUGUGGAGGAGGAGCUGCACAAAGAGGUGAAGCUGAUCAACAAAGCCAAGAGAGAACUGCAGCAGAGAGUGAACGAAGCCUUUGAACAGCUCUGCCUCUUACAGGAAGCUCACCAGCAGCUGAGCUAUGACCAGCGGUGCAAGGUGGAAGCCUUGGAGUUAGAUCACAUGUGCUUAUCCCUCAACAUGAACUCUCCCAUCAUCUCCUUCAAGGUCAAUCCAACACGCGUCCCAGACAGGUCAACUACACUUGAUGAGUGGGAACAGAAUAGCCAAGGCAACAAGGAGCUUGCUGAGGCAGAAAUCAAAGCCUCAACUGUGCUCCGAGAAGCAACAAUGCUUACCAUUGCACAGACAAACAACGAGCUGGAGGCUCAGCGUGUAGCCACAGAGUUUGCCUUACGCAAGAGGAUUAGAGAUAUGGAAAAAGCCUAUGAUGAGCUGAAAUGGCAGGAGCAGAAUACCUUGGAGGAAAUUGCUGAGAUGGAGGAGAACAUCCGACACUUGGGUGAAGAUAUUCGAAGGAAAAUGCAAGAUCUGAAAGUAGCACACACCCGCCUGGAGAUCCGUACGUGUCGGCCCAACAUGGAGCGCUGUCGGGAUCAGGUCCAGUACGGGCUGACAUACGAGGUCCAUCAGCUGGAGGGAACGAUCCGUGUGCUCAAACAGAAGCUAGCAGAGUCUCAGGCUGCCUUGGAUACUCUUUACAGACAACUUCACCGCAUUCAGACAGAUAUUGGCUACAAAGCCCGUUCCUUGCUGCUGGACAACAAGUGCAUGGACAGCCGGAGAAAGCUCCUGGUCCCUGCCAAGGAAUUUAUGUCAGAGGUCGAUACUUUCAACGAAACUGUGAAGCGUGAGCUCUCCCCGCUGCAGAACGGGCCGCUGGAGUUGGCUUCGUGCACCGAGGAGCGUUGUGCAACGAGCUGCACCGAGGAGAAAGCGACCAGUGACUCAGUUCCGUAG